CCACACACACACGCGCGCGCGCGCACAGGCCACUGGCAGUGUGUGUAUGGGGUUUAAAACUACAGGGGGGGAUCAAAGGCGUGUGAGAAACGGAUUUAACCGAGAACUCUCUAAAAAAGAAAAAAAAUAGAGAGACUUUGGACAUCAGAACGGAUUUAAAUUCGCAAUUUUUUUCUUUCAUCCCAUAAAUCUGUGUUUCUUAUUCUGUGCGCGCGCGUGCGUGCGUGGAUCAGUGUGACUCGGAGCGCUCGAGCGGUUUAUUUAUAACUUAAAUAAUCCGAGUGUUUAUUAGAAUACACAGAGCCCCUAUUCGGACAGCGCUAGUAGCCAUGCACGUAGUGUGUGUUGCGUGUGUCGUGUGUGUGCUGACGUGUGUGGUGGAGCUGAAACCCACGUUGAGAAAAGACAGAGUUCAUCAUGAAGCAGAACUGAGCAACAAACCUCAUGAAUCUCAGCACGCGCACCAGCAGAGCAUGCAGUUCGACCAUGAAGCUUUUCUGGGUAAAGAAGAAGCCAAGACCUUCGACCAACUCAGUCCAGAGGAGAGCAGAGACAGGCUGAGUAAGAUUGUACAUCGUAUUGAUAGCGAUGCUGAUGGGUUCAUCACCUUUGACGAGCUGAAGCUUUGGAUUAAACGUGUUCAAAAGCGCUACGUUUAUGAGAACGUGGCUAAAAUCUGGCGUGACUACGACCUGAACAAAGACGAUGCGAUUGGCUGGGAGGAGUACAAACAGGCCACAUACGGAUACUACCUCGCGAACCCAGAAGAGUUUGCAGAUUCGACAGAUCAGUUCAGCUUUAAGAAGAUGCUGCCCCGAGACGAGCGCAGGUUUAAAGCGGCUGAUCUGAACGGAGACGAGAGAGCAGAGAAGGACGAGUUCACCGCUUUCCUCCAUCCUGAGGAAUUUGAGCACAUGAGGGACAUUGUUGUCCUGGAGACGUUGGAGGACAUAGAUAAGAACGGAGACGGCUACGUGGACGAAGACGAAUACAUCGCGGACAUGUUUGCCCACGAAGAUGGCGGGCCUGAACCAGACUGGGUGAAAACCGAGAGAGAUCAGUUUUCCGAUUUCCGAGAUCUGAAUAAAGAUGGAAAGAUGGACAUGGAGGAAAUUCGUCACUGGAUUCUGCCUCCGGAUUACGAUCACGCUCAGGCUGAGGCGCGACACCUUCUCUACGAGUCUGACACCGAUAAGGAUCAGAUGCUGACAAAAGAGGAGAUUCUACAGAACUGGAAUAUGUUUGUAGGAAGUCAAGCAACAAACUACGGAGAAGAUCUGACCAGGAACCAUGACGAGCUCUGAACACAACACGAGCAAGCACAAUAUUCAUCAUUUCUCCAUUCACACCAUUAAUAAUACUAUACUAUACUAUACUAUACUGUACUAUACUAAACUACACACUGGCCCAUCGGUAAUCACUAAAACAUUCUGAGGAUGUGAAAAUCCAGCACUUUCUCCAGGAUUGACUGACUGACAGAUCUACCGAUUUGCAGAUCUCUAAUCUACCUCAGUGGCCUUCGUGGCUUUUUCUUCUGUUUGUGAGUGAAUUAGAGACUAUACCUGCAAGUUUGUUUCACAGAUUCAUUUGUGUGUUUACUGCUGAGGAAACACACACCUAGUGUUACACAGUCAAUUACAAACCCAGCAUCACAAUAUGAUUUUUUUGUUUCUUUAAUAAUAUAUGUUUGUGUCAGGUUUCUGAGCAUUAAAUCUGAUCACAUUUUUAAAAACAUCUUGUUUUAACUUUUUACUCCGUCAUUUGUACUUGUUUUAUGGAUUCAUUUUAUGGACUUGUUUUGCCAGAGAAACCCAGUCAAGUUGCUGAAUAAUCCCUGAGAUUUCUUUUUCAUAAAAAAAUAAAUCUUAACUAUUCUGCA